AUGCUUGACUUUCGAUGCUUUUCUUCCACCUUUUCUGGUGGCUAUAAACGGAUAUGUUACCCUUCGCUGAAAAAUAUUUCUCAAAAGGUUUUCUUCUGUAGAUAUCUUUCUUCUACUCCUUCUUUAAAUCCUUUGAUAACGGGAAAAGAUGUCCUAACAUCAGAAUUAUUUAAUAAUAAAAAAAUGGUUUCUCGUUGUUUGAUGUCGACUCAAGGAGACUUGCGUGUUCCUGGCGAUUUAUUUUGUGUCUCUUCUAAAGCUAAACUGAACAACAUCAAAUUCUUUUCUUCUCAUGGAAGCGAACCACCCCACAAAAGCAAACAAUUGACGAAAUCUAUAAAAAAUCCUUACGAAGGAUUGACUCUUGGAGAAAAAGUUAAAGAAGCUAGUAAAGAUGUUACUUAUACAGGAGUGAUUAUUGUUGGCAUUGGAAUUACAGCAAUUAUGUUUUAUGCUAUUGGCCGUGAGCUACUAUCUCAAGAAAGUCCGAAUGCCAUAUUUGGAAACGCUUUUAAGAGAUGCAAAAAUGAUGAGGAGGUGCAGAAUGUUUUAGGUGAACAUAUCAAAGCAUACGGAGAAGAAUCAGGAAGACGAAGACGACGACAUGUAAAUCAUGUCGAAUAUGAUGUUGGUGGUGUGAAGCACAUGCGAAUGAAGUUUUACAUUGAGGGACAGCAUAGAAAAGCAACUGUAAACUUAGAAAUGAAACAGAAUGAAAGUGGAAAAUAUGAAUACCGUUAUCUUUUUGUACAAAUGGAUAGCUAUCCACAUCAAAUAAUAGUGCUGGAAGAUAACCGAUGA